UUCAUAUAAAUUUUACCUGAAAAAAAACCAGUGUCUGAGAUUCAACCAAAAUUCUUGUAGUAAAAGAAGAAGAAUUUUAUUUUUCUAUGAUGAAGAAAGAGAGUGGUUGAUGUGAAAAGCGAAGCUCCGAAAAUCUAUCGUUUUGGAUUUUGAUCGUAUCAGCGAAAUCAUCGCCACUUCAAUCGGUGUCGUUUUGAUUCCUUGCUCAAUAACUGUCACUUACUUGGUCAGAUUCAAUUCAAAUAUUGGAGAUUGAUAUGAUGUCUCUGCACCUACCCAUCCCUGUGCAGUACUGAUUGGAUACCUCUGAUUCUUAUCUAAUGUGUAGCAUGUAACAGUGCCUGUUUGAUGUGCCACACCAAGCUGGCUAAGGCAUAAUUAAAAUUCAAUUUUGGCAAUUUAUAUUGAAUGAGAGGAUUUGUAAAUUAUAUUUUCAUUCAAGUUUAAGGGAGAAGUUUUGUUGGGAAAAAUAAAAAAGCAUCUGAAUAAAGUUCUUGAGAUACACUUUCAAGUUCAAUUUGAAGAAAGGGGAUUGCUAUCGUACUGAAAGAAUUAUUACACUGUGCUCACAUAUUCAGUACAUGAUAUAUUAUUUUUUCAGUAUAUUUUUUAAUUAUAAAGGAUUUGAUAUUAUGGUAUAAGGAAAAAAAUGGAGCCAAUUUCGGAAAAACGAUAUCCUCUAGGUGCAGUAAAUUACAAGUUAUAUGAAGAGGUUGGGGAAGGCGUCAGUGCCUCAGUAUUCCGAGCUCUCUGCAUUCCACUCAAUGAGAUUGUUGCCAUCAAAGUACUUGAUCUUGAGAAGUGCAAUAAUGAUUUGGAUGGAAUUCGGAGAGAGGUACAGACCAUGAGCUUGAUUGAUCAUCCAAAUCUUUUAAAAGCAUAUUGCUCUUUUACUGCUGGGCACAGUCUUUGGGUUGUGAUGCCCUACAUGGCUGGUGGCUCUUGCCUUCAUAUAAUGAAAUCGGCCUUUCCCGAGGGUUUUGAAGAACCUGUUAUUGCAACUGUAUUGCGUGAGGUUCUCAAAGCUCUUGUUUAUCUCCAUGCCCAUGGGCACAUACACAGAGAUAUUAAGGCUGGGAAUAUUUUGUUUGAUUCUAAUGGUGCAGUCAAAGUGGCUGACUUUGGAGUAUCUGCGUGUAUGUUUGAUACCGGAGAUAGGCAACGUUCAAGAAAUACUUUUGUUGGAACACCUUGCUGGAUGGCUCCUGAAGUUAUGCAGCAAUUGCAUGGAUAUGAUUUUAAAGCAGAUAUAUGGUCGUUUGGUAUAACAGCACUUGAACUUGCUCAUGGUCAUGCACCAUUUUCCAAGUAUCCACCGAUGAAAGUUUUGCUUAUGACUUUGCAAAAUGCCCCUCCAGGUCUUGAUUAUGAAAGAGACAAGAGAUUUUCAAAGUCUUUCAAAGAGUUGGUUGCCACCUGCUUAGUCAAAGACCCAAAGAAGCGUCCAAGCUCAGAAAAGCUUUUAAAGCACCACUUCUUUAAACAUGCACGUGCCACCGAAUAUCUUGCUCGCACCAUUCUCGAUGGCCUUGCUCCAUUAGGAGACCGCUUUAAAACGCUGAAGGCUAAAGAGGCAGAUUUAUUGAUGCAGAACAAAGCUCUUUAUGAAAUGGAGCAAUUAUCUCAGAAAGAAUAUAUUCGAGGAAUUAGUGCCUGGAAUUUUAACCUGGAAGAUUUGAAGAGUCAAGCUGCUCUUAUUCAAGAUGAAGACAUGUCAAUUGCAGAAAAGCCAGAUACAGAUAAGAAGAAAAAAGACAUCUUAAAUGACUUAAAGGUUCCCGCGGAGGAGCAUUCUGCUUCUAAUCAUUCAGAGGGUAAAUCCACACUGGACAAGGAGGAUGGAUUCAACAAUCUUAAGGAUUUGGAAAGUUCACUUGCUUCAUUCCCUGUUAAACCUCUUCAAGCACUCAAAGGUUGUUUUGAUGUCUGUGAUGAUGAUGAUGUCAAUAAUACUAGUCCAAGAGAUUUGGAUCACAGUUAUGGAAGAAUUGAUAAUGAAAGUUCUGGGCCAAGUAAAAUGUCGCCUCAAAAUUCUACUCAGCCUAAGAAAUUUUUCUCUAGCUCUUUACAACCUGAUAAUUUUUCCAAAAAAGUUACUGAUGUGGACAGGGAUUAUCCACAAACAAAAUAUCCUUCCGAACGGAAUCACAGUGGUCCAUUGUUAUAUCGGCAGAGGAGAGAUAUCAACAACUUUCCAUCUGUUGAUGACGCAUCAGAAGGAGCGGUCGUCCAGCGUAGGGGACGGUUUAAGGUCACCUCAGCAGAUCCCAGUUCAAUGGGUCUUUCAAAUAACUCUUCUGGCCCUGUUACUGGAAGUCCUACUCCUACUCCUACCAGUCCCCCAAAACAGAACUUAGUGACCGCUUCUAUUCUUCCAUCCCUGCAGUGCAUCUUGCAACAGAACGGCUUGCAGAGGGAAGAAAUUAUUAAACUGAUAAAGCACACAGAGCAAUCUUAUGCAGGUAAGAAUUCAGAAUCCAUAGAGGCAGGAGCAGUUGAUAUUCUGCAGGCAUCACCCGCGACAACUAGAGAAAAAGAGCUGCAUUCGCAGGUGAUUCAACUUCAGCAGAGCAUUGGAAGCCUUGUUGAGGAAUUGCAGAGACAAAAGAUGAAAAAUGUUCAGUUAGAGAGACAGUUAAGCAGUAUGGUCAACAAAAUUGAAAAGUGAAGAACAAGAUGAUGAGUGUUAUCGUGGUUUGAUUAAUCUUGGGGGAUAGGGGCAUAUCUUAUUACCAUAUGUGAACUUGUGGUUGCGGCAGAGAGCAAUUUUUGAGAUGCUAUUCCUUGAGUCACCUGUAAAAUUUAAUUUAUUUGACAAGAUACUCAGAUCAUGUAAUUAUGACUCUUUCUCCUUUCUCCCCUCUCUUCCCAAAUAAUAAUCACUCUUGAGGAUUCUGAUUAAUGCAUAUAGAAGUUUUUUUAGCUCCUUAA